AUGCUGAACCAUCCGGACGAAUCGCUCGUCCACCAGACCAAUUUCCUGUACAUGGUCGAACGCGCGUCAAUGUAUGCAUGGACUUUGCAAGGCUCACCGCCACCUCUACGGAGCAGAACUCUCGCAAUGCCUCCUCCGGUCCCAAUGAUGUAUAAUCGGCGCUAUAAUGCUCAUCAAAAUGCUCUUCGUUGGAUCUUUGCGUGCACUCACGCAGUACACGACACGGCGAUCCUCGGAGAAAGUCUGUACCGUCUUGCUGGCGCUCGCGGUGUCGCUGCCGCCGACUCUUCCUCCGCACUUCCCACGGACUCGGAGUCUCGUUCGGAUGGCGGCUCGCUCAAGAUUGCGCUAGAUCGUCCUGAGGGUGGUAAAGGUAACCAGAAGUGUAAGAAUGGAGAUAAGGGAGAGAAUGAGAAGCAAUUGGGAGAGUUUGGGAUGAGCGGGUUGGUGAGGAUGGUGCUACAGGACGCGCAGACGAGGUUAGUGUUCAAGGCGAAGAGGGUGAAGCAGCUCGCUCCCAGUUCUGGGACAGAGGACGUGGAUCCUUUGGUGGUGUUGGAGAGUGCGAGAGACUCGCACGAAACGGAUCCGAAAGUGAAGGAGAAAGACACCCAGUCGAUCAAGUUGGGCCAAAGCCAGACUUUCCAGCUUUCGGAAAGGACGAGGGAAGUGGAUACCCAGUGUAAGUAGUGUCCAACGGUGAGGAAGACGGUGUGGGCGUGAGCCGAUUAUGUCAGUAUGUGCAGCGUGACGUGACAUGGCGCAGACAUGCUACCCGGCAAUCAUCGCAGACCUCGCACAGGAAUCAGUCAACCUCGCGCCAUUAAACUCAUCAAAUCGCAUGCAUAAUCUCCUUCUUCGUCCGCAUCUCACUCGAACUCGCACUCAAAACCUCAUUCGAAAUUGCAGCAUCAAGAUAAACGCUCCCUUUUAUCUCCGCCACCGCCACAUGAACUUUCACUUCCCAUCCAUAUCCGCCCUCAACAACUCCUACCUCAGCCGUAGUAAACAAAAUUUCGCCUACAAUCGGACAGUCAUAGGAGGCAUGAACGGGCCCAGAAACGAGAUCUGGGCGCGGUACUUUUCCUCGUGAGGUGUUUUUUGAUCUUGAAGUAGAUGGCGGUGGGGUCGGAGCUCAUGACGAGAGGUUUGGAUGCGGACAAUAGGGGAGUCCACGAUAGCGUUUAAACCGACGUUUAAGCGUGCGUUUAAGCUCGAAAGCCGCGCUGCGGUCUUAAACGAGGGCUUAAACCUGCUCAAACGCAGGCCUAAACGGUCAUCGUGGAUUCCCCUAAUGGGAUGGCAGGUGCGGGGACGAAAGGCGAUGGUGGUGGGUUUGCCCUUGAUGUGAUGAACGCGAGUGGGCUCGUAGUGGAUGGGGUCUUAGCGUUCGAGGUGUAGGAGGGCAUGCUGGAGGGGGUGGCGUGACGGAUGCUUCCACAUCGAUCUCGAGCCGCACGUCUGCGCUCGUAUCUCACUCGUUGAUCAAGAGUUUGGCAAUGCCGCGGGGCGAUAAACAUGAUGCGAGACACGGAAUCGACAUCGACCUCAGCAAAACAUGCCAGGACCUCAUCGUCUGCCACACAUAAUCCAUGCGCUCUACAUAUUUCCCGCACACGCACGGCGUACCGCAGCUGCGUUCGUCCUUCUAGGCUCCUUACUCAACCCCACUCCCAACGCCUCUGCCACCACUACUUCCCGGUUACCUUCCUCAUCCCCUUCCGAUGCACUCGCAUCAGGCGCAAAAAGGGAGGUGGUCGGCUCGAUCGCAGCGGAAUUCGUGCAAGACACUGAGCUUGUGAGCGAAGAAGAGGUGGACGGGAUGUUGGAAGAGCUUUUUAAUGAGUGGGGUGCGGUGAUGCUUGGUGGAGGUGGCGUUACCGAUCAGACGAAGGUGGCGCAACAGGAGCGCUUCAUUUGGAGCUCUGUAUGUGAAUAUUAUCUUGCGGCCUCUCAGGUACUCAUCUGUCUCACAAUACUUGGGUCCUCUGGCCUCAAACUUCGAAACUUCACUCUCAAUCGACCAUUUUACUCCGACUUCGUCCAUAACAUGCGGUUCCUUGCUACAACGAUUAUCGUUCUCGGCUUUCUUGCUUCUGCGUUCGCUCAGAGUGUGUUGAUAGGCUCUCCCAGCGACGGGAGCACAGUCACCGCAGGCCAGUCGAUCACUGUCGACGUCCUGAAGCCUGACUCCAUACAAGGCAGCAAGGACGUCGCGGUAAUCUUCGGCAUGUCGCCAUGCUCCGCAGCGACAAACAGCUGUCCAGAUGCCGCCAGUUCCUUCGGACAAGUCAUCUAUGGCGCUCCGUACCACCCGCAACUCAACAUUCCUGAGAAUUCGACAGAGAGCGAGAGUUUCACUGUGCCGGUUCCUGUGGGAUUCAAGGGCGAUAAGGUCGUCUUGAGUCUUGCGCAUGUUCUCCUGAUUGGGGUCGGAGAGUCCUCCCCCAAUGUCGAUGUAACGAGUAUCACGCUCAAUGUUGUCUGA